AUGAGUGAAAACGACGGGUCAAAUGAUAUGCAGUAUAGUAAUGAUACCGAUGAGCCAUUGCUGGACCAAGACCCUGCGAAGACGGGCGCAUCAUCGCUCGAAGAUGCCAAUGAUUGCAACCACCUGCUGGAUGCGGGCACGGGGAUGCUGGCCGUGGUGGUGGACAUACCCAACAGGAUCCUGUGCGCCGGAAUCAUCGGGCUGCCGUGUGUACUUAGGAACGCGGGUUUCGUAGGGGGGGCCUGA